AUGGAUCGCAUCUUAUCAAGGCACGACCCCGCCGACGGAAACUCUUUCAGUCUCUGGCUUUUCAAGACUGGUGACACAGGAGCUCUUUUUGCAAGCCAUACGUUCAAUAUCACGGAUCCUUCGUCUGCAACAACUUCAGCGCCGACGGGUACGCGAACGAACAAACCGAACACCAAGACAAAGACAAGCGAAGCAAGUGAGACGACUGCGGCCACUGCUUCGUCUACAAACGAGCCUUCGUCGGGGCUAUCCACGGGAGCAACUGCCGGAGUAGCGGUAGGUGCUGUCGCUGGAUCAUUGAUUAUUGCUGGCGCUGGGUUCAUGCUCUGGAGAAGACGGCGGGGCAAUAAGGCUGUACCGUCGACGAUUACGGCGGAAGAGGCACCGAAAUAUGGAUAUGCUCCUGUCGAAGCACCGAAUGAUAACGCUGCGAGGCAUGGACCUUGGGAAAUGGGAGGGUCGCCGACGUAUUUCACGCAUGAGUUACCAACUGACAACACGGUACAGCAUCGAACAUGA